CCAGCCCACUUGCCUCCUGCAGUCCUGCUCUGACCUGCCUUAUUAUUCUCUUCAUAGCAAAGCUAGAUUGGGAAUUCAGGGGAAGGGAAAACUGAACUUGCAUCCUCUAGUGUUUAUUAAUACAUCAUUUUGUGGGGGUCUUUCCUGUUUAUAGUGGAUUAUUCCGUUCUUAAUCUUGAUGGUUACCAUUCCAAACAAUCUCACCGUAGCCUACGUGGUGGCAAUUUCUUCUGGUCUGAGUGUGGCUUCCUAUUUCCUGUUACUGUGGUCUAUGCUACCCGAUGUUGUUGAUGAUUUUAGACUCCAAAACCCACACUCGAAAGGCAUGGAACCUAUAUUCUGUUCAUUUUAUGUUUUUUUCACCAAGUUUGCUGCUGGCGUUUCUCUGGGAUUCUCUACUCUUAGCCUUGAUUUUGCAGGCUAUGAAACUGGGGCCUGCUCCCAGCCCCCUUCGGUGGCUUUCACCUUGAAACUCCUGGUGGGAGCAGCACCAACAGGUCUGAUAUUCAUCGGAUUGUUGAUAUUCCGAUUUUACCCAAUAACAGAAAAAGACAGAAUGAGAAACAAAUUGGCACUGAAAGAGCUCAGGAAUAAUAGUCAGAACUGUGAUCGUCCACUAAAAGACAUGGGGAGCAUGUUAUGACAAAUAACAGGACCUUAAGUGUGACCAUGGUUUGCCAGCCAAAUAGAUUUCCGAUGAUGUGGAAAUUGUUAGCACCGCGACACUGGUGUAUAUUACACUAUUGAGUGAAGAUAUGGUGGACACUGCAACUAUUUAUAUUUUAAUACAAUUUCUGUAGAUAUUUAUAGUAUUUUGUAAACUUGUAUUAACAUGCUUAUUUCAUAUAAAAGCAAAGGA